AACUUGCUCGCACGCCACAGCCCACAGUACAGAAAGAGAGUUACAGGCACGACACCGGCCCACCUCGUCCGCUCGUGAACGUUCGUUCCUACGCCACCCUGCGCUCCUGCUCUCCGCUUCGCCUCCGGCCACCUGCCGACAAGUCGACAACAUCCCGGCGACAAGCUCGACAGCGACCAUACGUAAAAGGAGGUGGUACCUGCGCCAUGGCCGACGCCGACCUCUACGCCGUCCUGGGGCUCAAGAGGGAGUGCUCUGACGCCGACCUCCGGCUCGCCUACCGGAGGCUCGCCAUGACAUGGCAUCCGGACCGGUGCUCGGCGUCCGGCAGCUCGGCGCGCGUCCAGGAGGCCAAGGAGCGGUUCCAGGAGAUCCAGAGCGCAUACUCCGUGCUCUCCGACUCCGGCAAGCGGCUGCUCUACGACGUCGGCGUCUACGACAGCGACGACGGCCGCCGGAACGAGCGAGAUGUGUCGGGGAUGGGCGACUUCUUCGGGCAGAUGGCCGAGAUGAUGAGCCAGGCCACGCCAACCGAGAGCUUCGAGGAGCUGCAGCAGCUCUUCGUGGACAUGUUCCAGGCCGACCUCGUCGCCGGCGGAUUCGCGUGCGGGUUCGGCGGUGCGCCUCCUAUGGGCCGCCGGGUCCAGGCCCCGAGCCAAUCAUCUGCACCUACGUUUGCGCAGACACAGCCGACAUGUACCAGGGGUGCCAACAAGCGGUGUUCAUCGGCGAUGGGCUCCGGAACGCCGCCAAGGGCCAGUCGUCCGGGGUCCGGCCCCGGCCGUUCAGGGUCAAGCUCCAAGGGAAGUGAUCUGAGGCGGCGGGAGGAGGCGCCAUGGAAGACGACGACGCAGGAAGACACGAGCAUCGGCGGCAGGAAGAAGAAACAGAGGCCGUCGACGGGCCACGGCGAGUCGUCCUAGGAGCAAAGAUGGAGAUAUCGGCGCGCCCGGGCCAGCGUUGAUGCGCGCCGCGCCGUGAGCAAAACAUAUUCUGUGACGCCGUGACGGGGAUAAUGCAUUGCAGGCUUGCAGCUAGUGCUCUGUGCGGAUCAGAGUGACGGUCAACAAGUUUUGGAGGCAGGCUUUUCAAUUAGUUUCUUCGUUUAUUCUCUUGAUGGAUUCUCUUGGCGUAGCACUGGUAUUUAAGUUCGAGAGAAGUGCAUAUUACACCCCCCAACUCCAAUAGGGUCUAAUAUACAUCCUUUCUUCCCUGUUGACCGGUUUUGAUCCAGUUUGACCGUUUGACUUUUCCUGUUGACCGGUUUUGACCCAGUUUGACCGGUUUUGACUGAGUGAACAGUAAAAAUAAAAUUUUAAAAAUCAUAAAUUUUUUUUAAAAAAUAAAAUUCAAAAACGUUCCAAGUUUUUUUCACCGCGUGAACAGUAAAUUAAAAAAAAUUCACCUUUUCAGCAUGUUUGGACACCUGAGUAAAAAUCAAAAUUUACUCAGGUGUCCAAACAGACUGAAAAGGUGAUUUUUUUUGAAUUUACUGUUCAUGCGGUGCGAAAACUUGAAUCUUUUUGAAUUUUGUAAAAAAAAAUAUUUUUUUUAUUUUUAUUUUUUUUAUUUUUACUGUUCACUCAGUCAAAACCGGUCAAAUUGGGUCAAAACCGGUCAACGGGAAAGGGAGGGUUGAAUUCUAGCCGGUUUUGAGAGUUGGGGGGUGUAUUUUAAACGGUAUUGGAGUUGAGGGGUGUAUAUUAGACUAGGGCUAGAGUUUGGGGAUGUAAUAUGCACUUCUCUCUUUAAGUUCUAAUGUCUUUUUCGAGAAAAGGCCAUCAAGGCUAGCUUUAUUAGUAUUAGAUAAUCGUCACAUCGUCAACAAGCUUACUGAUCAAGAAGUCAGGAGGCUCGUUUGACCAACUAAGAGAAACUUCAUUACAAUAACUAUGGCUAGCUAACAAUAUUUAAGUUCUAAUGUUAGUGCCACUUUUGUUUGUCAU